UCCCAUUUACAAGUGCGCUUACUUUUCUUUUCUUUUCUUUUCCACACUUCACUACUUUUUCUCUGUUAUUUUCGCGAGAAAAUGUCACCGGCAAUCGGAAAUAGCAGCAAGAUCCGGCACAUUGUCAGAGUCCGGCAAAUGCUACUCCGGUGGCGCAGGAAAUCGCGCGUAACGGCGCCGUCGGAUGUCCCUGCAGGGCACGUGGCACUGUGUGUGGGCCCGAGCAGCAUAAGGUUCGUGGUGCGCGCGACAUACCUGAACCACCCAAUCUUCAAGAAGCUUCUGGUGCAAGCGGAGGAAGAGUAUGGAUUCUGCAACGAAGGCCCCUUGACGAUCCCGUGCGAUGAGUCUCUCUUUGAAGAGCUCCUUCGGGUUAUGUCACGGUCCGAGUCGGGUCGGUUCUCAACCCUCGAAGAUUUCCAGAGGCGUUGCCACGUCGAUGUCCCUAGUUUUCUUGACGUCGUAGGAGAUUCCAGACCCUUGCUUUCUUGACCAGCCUAUUUUUGUUGCAUAAUAAUUAGUUAGUUACGAAAAAUAGGAGGCAGGUUUAAUUAUUUAUUUUACAUAUACAUUAUGUAAUUUGUAAAUAGUUCAGAAGGGAUAGAUCGGUCGUUGGGUAUUGUAAUUUGUGAA